AUGUCGCUUGGUUGUAAAAUGAUAGUCGUAGCUUUCGUUGUUCUUUUCUUUUGCGACGGCAAAGAAUUUAAGGAGCUAAAUGAGGAGCUGGAUGACCACAGCAACUAUAUUGACAAAUUUCCAUGUGAUAAGCCGCAGCCGAGGACCUUUUACCUCAAAGACAUUGUAAGUAAAGAUGACUGGAAUAAGAAGUAUAAAAAGCAAAUACCGAAGAUAAGACCCUUGUACACUAUUCUUCACAGAUGCGAAGGUAGCGGAGGAUGUUCAAAAUAUGGUGAAAAAUGCAUAGUAAACGAAACAAAAAUAGUAAAGUUGGCGUAUAACAUGGGACUUUCUAGACGUAUAGAGCUGUUUGAAGUGAAAAAUCACACAUCCUGUAAAUGCGACGAUAGUACUAAUGAUUCUCGGAUUAAAUGA